AUCCGGUGUAUAAUAUUAUCCAACAUGGCAAGUGGUAAGGGUAACAAGAAAAAACAGGAAGACUCUGAUAAAUAUUCUGUGUUGUUACCGACCUACAACGAACGGGAAAACUUACCCUUAAUUGUGUGGUUGCUGGUAAAGUAUUUUGGCGAAAGUGGGUAUAACUAUGAGAUUAUAGUCAUUGACGAUGGAAGUCCUGAUGGUACGCUGCAGAUUGCGGAGCAGUUACAAAAGAUUUACGGACAUGAUAAGAUUGUCCUGCGACCCAGACCAAAGAAGUUAGGAUUAGGCACAGCUUACAUUCAUGGCAUUAAACAUGCUACUGGGAACUUCAUUAUCAUUAUGGAUGCUGAUCUCUCUCAUCAUCCAAAAUUUAUUCCCCAAUUUAUUGAGAAACAGAAAGAGGGCGGAUAUGACCUGAUCUCUGGAACGCGGUACAGAGGAGAUGGAGGUGUGUAUGGAUGGGACCUGCGCCGAAAACUCAUUAGCCGAGGAGCAAAUUUCAUCACGCAGGUGCUGUUGAGGCCAGGAGCAUCAGAUCUGACGGGGAGUUUUAGGCUAUAUAAAAAGAAUGUGCUAGAAUCCCUGGUGGAGCGUUGUGUGUCUAAGGGCUAUGUUUUCCAGAUGGAGAUGAUUGUCCGUGCUAGACAACUAGGCUACACCAUUGGAGAGGUUCCAAUCUCAUUUGUGGACCGUGUUUAUGGGGAAUCCAAGCUGGGAGGAAAUGAAAUUGUCUCUUUCCUGAAAGGACUGCUCACUCUUUUUGCCACAACAUGAUUCAAACAUGACUCAAACAGCCAUGGCUGGCCAUGUUGUCCUGUUACAUGAUGUGGCAGACAUGUGGGUGAUCAGAGCCCUCAGCCAAGCUCUGGUCACCUGACACACUCGGACUGAUAGUACUUGUCUAAUUAAAAGACAGAUGUUUCAAACUUGUAGAUUUUGUGACACCAUUUGGAUGUAAAGUCUUGUGGGAUUUUGAGGUAGAGUUGGUUAUUAUUGUUCUUUUCUCUCAAUCAAGUGGGUUUUUCUUAAUAGUUCUUAAUUUUGGUUAAGGGGUAGUAGGGAAGUUGGAAAUUUGGGGUGCUUCCUAACUAUUGAAAGGCAGCCUUCUGAUCACAUCAUCUGCCACAGAUAAAGACCUGCAGGUACUUCAAAUGUAUGCUUGUGCAAAGACGAUUAUCUGUAUAUUGACUAAAAGGACAUGCUCAGCACAUUAGUUUGAUAAAUGUUAUUGGAAGCAUAUCUACAAGAGUCUUGGUAAAAUUGUAAUAAAAUCAUUAAAUGAAAAAGGA